AUGGCUUCAAAGCUAACAACAUGCUUUGUGUGCUGGAAUCUCAACACCGACUUCAACUGUAACAACCACCUUCAUAACACUCGUGUAUCGCGUUCUCCGUUUCCGCUCUCUUGCAAAAUGCCACACCGUAUCCUCAGUUUGCAACAGAGAAGACGAUAUCACAAGAGAACUACAUCGCAGCCUUCUAUUCACGGAGCUCCCAAGCCGAAUCAACGUUUAAACUCCGAUCUUAACAAAAAGCUUUCUUUUAAUUCUAAAACUGAUGAUUCUCUGCACAAUUUGAAUAGUCCAAUUCUGUUGCAUGAUAAUAAGUCUACACCAUCGGCCUUGAAUGUAAAUGGUGCUGAGCAGACUGAACAACUUUCUGGUGGUUAA